GAGUGUAUAAAAUGAUCACGAAAAGAAAGUGAAAUCUAAAAUCUGGCAACGAUGCGCCACUACUAAAAAAUGGCCGCCGCGUGAAUUCCGAAGGCUGCUUUUUUAUUUAUUUUUUGCCGAAAAUUUUCAUUAAUAUUUUGAUUACAUUUGCGAUAAGGACUCGCGCCGCAAUAUCGACAUGGUUCACGAAAAACACAGCUAAAUAAGGUCAACAUUUGGAUAUUUGCUUUUCUCUCAUUUGAAUAGUAAAGAUGCCUGUCCUAAGUCCACAACGGAGCUCUUCGUCGGGGCUCACCGGCUCUUAUAGAUCUACUUACACUUCUGCCUUGGACAGGCCUUAUUAUGGAGGGUCCAGUUAUACUCCCCGAGUAUCAACUUACUCGGAAAGAUUCACCAGUAGAUCAUAUACAGAUACUGAUGGUAGGAGAGUAUUUUCUAGAAGUGGUUCAAUUACUGAAGAUGGAAUUACAACUAGAUUUAGGGAGGAAUCUAGAGAGGGAUCUUUGUCUAGGGAUAGUGGGAUUAGCUCCAUAAGGGAAGGCAGUGUCCUGGAUUACCCGAGAAGGGAUAGUUCAUUAAUCAGAUCAGACAGGUUGUCAACAUCCGGAGUGAUAGAGUCUGUGGCUGAACUCCGAAAUAAGUACUCGCCCGCCAAUUACGUUCCGGCCAUUUACAGAAACAAAACCGAUAAUAUUUCUAGAUCAAAGUCAAUAAAUGAUAUAGGUUUACCGCCAAUCGAACCAAAAGCCACCAGCCCGUCGGUGCAGUCGCGUAAAAAACAGGCUUCCCCGGUAUCAUCAUCCGUCACCGCCGCAGCAUCAUCGGCUUCUCUUAGCAACGGCUCCUCGUUAAUUAGCAAUGGGCGUGCCGUUAGUCCCGCCCCCAUCGCUGCCCUAUCGCUUAGCAACGGCCUGCUUAGCAACAGCAGCAGUGACGAAGACAGCUCUAGUCCGGAAGUGCAAAAGCUUAAUAACGGGGAUUUACAGGAAUUGAAUGGUGUCAAAGCGGAAACGAACGGCGAGUUGGAAAAGGUGAACGGGGAGGACCAGAGGCGGAGUAGCGUGAGCAGUAGGGGAUCUGCCAGGGUGAACCAGUGCGCCAGUUUUAUACCGAACGAACCGCCGAGCGAUGAGUUGGAGAGUGAGAACGAGAAGAUUGGGAGGAAGUAUAGUUAUGACGUGAGCGCGUCGACUCCCCCGGGAGGCGGCGCGAAGGGGGGAGGGCGGAACGUGGCCGCCUUGGCCGGACCCUCCUCCCGACGCUCGCUGGUGACGCCGCCCGCCGACGGCGACGACGACGAGUUGGCGCAGGCGCGUCGCGGCACCGCCGCCGACGCCCGACACGGUCUCGGAUUGGUCGGGCUCAGGAACAUUGGCAACACUUGUUUUAUGAACAGUGUCCUACAGUGUCUUAGUAAUACUCGAGUGCUGUUGGACUACAUUAGGAAAGAUACUUAUCAGAAGGAUAUUAACACCACCACGUCUUCUAUGAAAGGUGCACUGGUCAAAGCUUUCGCUGAAGUGAUAAAGGAACUAUGGGCCCCAGAUCCUUCGGGGCCAGUGAACACGGCUGCCCUAAAGUCUCAGAUUCAAAGGUUCGCCCCCAGGUUUAUGGGAUAUUCACAACAAGACGCUCAGGAGUUCCUUAGAUAUCUUUUAGAAGGUCUACAUGAAGAUGUUAACAGAGUAACGAUAAAACCGAAACCGAUAACGACCGAUAUUGACGAUAAUUUGCCAGAUUCGGAGAAGGCCGCGGAAGCCUGGAGGAGAUAUUUAAGAUCGGAGGACUCGCUGAUCGUCGAUGCUUUUGUGGGUCAACUGAAAUCGACCCUUAAGUGCACUCAUUGCGGCCACUGCAGUGUAACCUUCGAUCCCUUCUGGGACCUCUCGCUGCCCUUACCUUCGGGGAGGUCCUCUGGUCCGAUCAGACUGUCGCAUUGUUUAGAAGCAUUUACGAAAGAAGAAACGUUGGACGGCGACGAGAAACCCAAAUGCGCAAAGUGUAAGGAACGAAGGAGGUGUACGAAGAGUUUUGCCAUACAGAGGUUUCCACAGGUUCUAGUCAUACACUUAAAAAGAUUUUCACCUCUCGAAAGGUUCAGGGGAAAACUGAACGCUCUAGUGGAAUUUCCCGUGGAAGGUCUGGACUUGACGCAUUACGCUGCGGAAGCACAAAGCGGUCCUAGUCCCAGGUACAGCUUGUACGCAGUUUCAGAACAUUCGGGUACUCCCUACUCUGGCCACUACACUGCUCAUUGUAAAAACCCAGUAGAUUCAAGAUGGCACGAAUAUAACGACUCACGUGUUAGUUCAGCGUCGGCGCGGUCCGCCGUUUCUCCAGAAGCUUACGUCCUCUUUUACGAACGAGAGGGAGGAGCCACGCAGAGGUCACGCCUAUAAGGCGUCGCCUCUCCCCCCACACUUUUCAACCAAUAGGUGUUCCAUAUUGAGGCCUAUAUCCGAUUUAUAUUAAUUAGGGAUCUGUUUGAGACAAAAUAACCGUUUGUUGAGAUAUAAUAAGGAAAAUACCUCACUAACUUAUUUUAGACUUAAGUAGGAACCCAAAUUCACGUAAUUCGAUAAUGAACGGUGUAUUUUUUAUUUGAGUGGAUCCGAAAUUUGUACUUACGUUCAUCCAUCUAGUCGAUUUUUAUUAUAUUUCGGAUAAGAAGUGGUUUUGGCUCUGGUGUAUUUUUGUAUAUAUAAAGUGAUGUCUUUAUAUAAAAUGUGAUGUGAUAUUAUACAGUGCUCCCUUUUGUAUAUAUUUUUAUUUAUUUGUUGUAGUUUUACAUCGUGACACACUCGAAUAGCGCGACUUUAUUUUCUUUUUGCCGGCAACACUAUAUUAAAUUUAUGUUUUAACGUUAUCGCCCCAAAACCACUUGUUUCCAUAUAAAAUAUAGUAUUUUUUACCUGUAAACCAAUUUGGUUAUUAAUUAUAUCGUGUUUUGCGUGUUGUACGGGCAUGGCGUAUUGAUUUGCCCCGCUUCCCCCUAAAAAAGCUUUUUAGCCAAUCGCAAAGUGCCCAACGGAUCUGGGGAGGGGCGGAGUCCAGCACACCCACCUACUCUUACUACUUACUCACUCUUUAAAACCAGAGAUAUUUUAAACACAAAUUUUACGAAAAUGUAAUAUAUUCGAUUUAUUAAGCUUUAUAUUGAGAAAACUGUUUUAAAAGCACUAACUUAAUAAAAUUCUGUUUGCAA